GCCAUAUUACUAACUUAUUUUAAUGCCAAACAAAAAGAACUUUAUUCUUAAUUAAAAAAUGAAUUGUUUUAAGUUUAAUUCACUCUUUUUGAAUAAAGCAAUUAAUUUAAUAAAAAAUAGGAGAUUUAUAUCAGCUCUUUAUAUAGCAGGAGAUAAAGCUAAAGAGAAUUAUGCUGUUUUGCAACCUUAUAUGGAUUUUUCCGAAACAUUUAGUCAUGCUGAGAUUGUAAAGGAAAAUAUAAAGCAAAGAAAAUUAAAUAUCAAUUUUGAAGCAAUUCAAAGAAAACAUGAAAGGUAUAUGACAAUUUUAAAGCAGAAACGUGAACUGGAAAAUAUGAAAGAGAACAAUGUGAAAGAUGUGAAAAGUUUAACAAGCGGAAACCCUAGUGUUGCAUCAGACCUUGAAAAUUUAAAAGAAGAAGGAAGAAAAAUUAGAAACCAAAUAAAAAAUUUAAAGGAAAUUCUAUAUUCAAUUGAAGAGGAUUUCAUAAAAGAUUAUUUAAAAAUUCCGAAUUAUUUACAUGAAAAAUGUCCUUUGGAAUAUGUAAAAAUUUUAUAUAGACAUAAUUUACCAGAUGAAUCAUUAAUGAAAAAUGCUAAAUUUCACCUAGAUGAAAAAAAGUUAAUAGACUAUAAGAACUCAUCUUGUUACUAUUUAUUAAGAGAAGCAGCUAUUUUUGAUUUAGAGUUUUCUUUAAAUUGUACAAAUUUCAUAGUGCAAAAUGGUUUUACUCAAACGGCAAAUCCGGAUUUCUCAAGGAGAAUAUUAUUAGAAGCUGUGUAUUCCGAUAAUAUAGAACAAUACGAAGAAAUAAAAGAGCAAGAUGAACUUAACACAGCAAAGUUUAAUACUUUGCAUUUGAAUGGAGGUGGAUCAUUUACAAGUUUUUUAGGUUUUAUAACAAAGUUAUCGAUUUUUCCAUCAGCUCUACCCCUAAAACUAGUUUCAUUAGGCAGACAAUAUUAUAAUGAAAAUUUAGAAAAUAGUCAAGAUAAAGGACUUUUUACAGCUUUACAAUCUAAUGCUGUUCAGGUAUUCAUCGCAACACAAAAUGGAAAAUCAGCUGAUGAUGAAAUGGAAAUUCUAUUGAGCUUAGCAGUAGAUAUUUAUAAAAAAUUUGGAAUACAUUUUCGAAUUAUUUAUGAAAAAGCUAGUUCUAUUUUACCUUCGGAAUCCUUGAAGGCAUCAAUUCAAAUGUUUUCACCAUAUUUUAAUGAUUAUAUUGAAGUUGGUCAUAUUAGCAAUUACAGUGAUUAUUUAUCAAAAAGAUUACUUUUUAAUAUUAAAGAAGGAAAACGUUAUAAAUUCCCUUAUAUAGUUGGUGGUCCAAUUGCAGAUGUUUCGAAAAUAUUAGGUUGCUUAAUAGAAAAUAACGCAAGUUUAACAGCUCCUAAUUUUAAGCCAGCUAGAAAUGCCAUUGAAAAUUUUAAAAGUUUAUUUGAAAUAAAAUAAAAUAUUUUUAUUGAUUACAUUUUGUACAUAUUGAUUACACAUUGUACAUAUAUUAA